AUGGAGGACAGUGACAAUGCUGAUGAUGAAGACGGGUCGAUGCAGAACAGGGCCAUAGUGACGCCGGGGGAGCUGGUGACCGAUGACCCUGUCUGGAUGAAAGGCCACGGCACGUAUUACCUCGAGAAUAGAACGUAUAGCUCUGUUGCGGGAACAGUGUCUCGUGUGAACAGGCUGCUCUCUGUGAUUCCCAUCAGGGGACGCUAUCAACCGGAGACUGGUGAUCAUAUUGUUGGUAGGAUCACAGAGGUUGGCCAGAAGAGAUGGAAGGUGGACAUUGGUGCUAAGCAGGACGCUGUCUUGAUGCUUGGGUCUGUGAAUCUGCCAGGUGGUGUUCUGAGACGUAAGAACGAAGCCGAUGAGCUCCAGAUGAGAAACUUCCUGAAAGAGGGAGACUUGCUGAAUGCUGAGGUCCAGUCCCUGUUCCAAGACGGGUCUGCCUCGUUGCACACGAGAUCCUUGAAGUACGGGAAGCUGAGGGACGGUGUCUUCUUGAAGGUGCCUAGCUCCCUGGUGGUGAGAUCGAAAUACCACAGCCAUGAAUUGCCUGGUGGAGUAAGUGUCAUUCUUGGUGUCAAUGGCUACGUAUGGUUGAGAAAGACCAGUGAUCUUCAGCAGCAGCAGUCAGCUUCCCAUGUGGGCAAAGAUGCUGCUGCCCUGUCCACCAGGGGCAACUACUCCGUGGGCAAUGCCUCCGUGACUAUCACGAGACUGGAGGAAGAGUCGUCAUGGGAGAUCUACAGCGAUGUCAAUGACCAGAUUUCUCAGAGCAUCAGGGAAACCAUAACGAGGUACGCCAAUUGUAUCAAGAUCCUCGCCUACUGUGAGAUUGGAAUCACGCUCGAGCGAGUCACGGCGUGCUACGAGGCCAGCAUGGCGUACGACGAGGCUGGCAAGCUCAUCGACCGUGAAGUUAUGGAAUCAAUAGGUGACGAUGUCAUCACUGCGGAAAAGUAUAGGGGUUGA